GAGUCACUUCCUGUAUUUUGUGUUGUGUUGACAUCCGUCUCAAGCAGUCGUACCUGACUUCUGUCCAACCAGGCUUCGUCGGACUUUGUAGUAGCUUCUCAUUCAUCACUCUGGCUUGUGUUGAGUUGCACGGCUGUUUUCUUACAUGAGGAGCGGACUGUAGGAGCUCAGCAGCCGGACAGGAGAGAUGAAGCCUGGGCUGUUGGUGGUGUUUCUCGGGGGGGUACUGGAGGUCUGCAGCGGCGUCUCUGCAAACAGAGGAGGCUAUCCCUCCUUUACCGACGAAAUACCUUUUAAAAUCACCUGGCCAGGCCCUGAAUUCACGCUGCCAACUUCAGGUCCACUUUACAAUGACGAUGACUUUGUCAUAAUGACAACAGCAGAGAAGGAGAAAUAUAAAUGUCUCCUGCCAUCCCUGACAGCUGGAGACGAGAAUGACGAUAAGGAGUACAAUGGGCCCAGUCCAGGUGAACUGCUGGAGCCACUAUUCAAACGAAGCAGCUGUUCAUACAGGAUUGAGUCGUACUGGACAUAUGAAGUCUGUCAUGGAAAACAUAUAAGACAGUAUCAUGAAGAGAAGGAGACUGGUCAGAAGAUCAGUGUUCAGGAGUACUUCCUGGGGAAUAUGGAACCAAAGAGCCAGUCAACGGAGACAGAUAAAGCUGAAGAGGAAGAAAAUCUCAAUUCAGCAUCUGAAACAGAAGUGCCUACUAAGAAUAUAGAAGGUCAGCUGACUCCUUACUUCUCCUUGGAGAUGGGAAAUGGGACUCCCUGUGUGCUGAAACAGAACCAGCCUCGCACCACAUCUGUGCUGUACGUGUGUCAUCCAGAGGCCAAGCACGAGAUCCUGUCUGUCGCUGAGGUCACUACCUGUGAAUAUGAGGUUGUGGUGAUGACUCCACUGCUGUGUUCUCACCCAAAAUACAGGUUCAAGUCUUCCCCAGUGAACGCCAUCUUCUGCCAGGCUCUGGCAGGCUCCCCUUUGCGGCCUCAGCGGCUUGCACAGCUGGACAAGGAGCAAGAGGAGCAGCUUAAACCGCCUUUCAGCACCGCCGCCGAGGUCAGAGAGUUACAGGAGGAGGCGCCACCAGUAAGAGCAGAGGCUUUCACCUCCACUCACAAACCCAUAACUGUUGGAGGGCAGACUCAGGUCACCGUUGGCACCACCCACAUCUCUCGUCUGACAGACGACCAGUUAAUCAAGGAGUUCCUGAGUGGCUCCUACUGUCUGCAUGGGGGAGUCGGGUGGUGGAAAUAUGAAUUCUGCUAUGGAAAGUACGUCCAUCAGUACCAUGAGGAAAAAGAGCAAGGAAAGAAUAUUGUGGUGGUUGGGACCUGGAAUGUGAAGGAGCACACUGACUGGGCCAAGAAGAAUGUCGCCCGAUCCUACCAGCUCAAAGAAGACGGGGUGCAGAAAGUCAAGUUGGUUUCCCACUUUUACGGCCACGGGGAUCUGUGUGAUCUGACAGGGAAGCCCAGGCAGGUCAUCGUCAAGCUCAAAUGUAAGGAGUCUGAGUCUCCCCAUGCUGUCACUGUCUAUAUGCUGGAGCCGCAGACUUGUCAGUACGUCCUUGGGGUUGAGUCUCCGGUCAUAUGCAGGAUUCUUGACACUGCUGAUGAACAUGGGCUUCUGUCGAUAUCCAGCUAAACUGAUGAAUAAUAUGACAGCAUGAAGGACAAGGAGAGGACAGACGGACAGAGGCUGCACUUGAAGAUGAUCCAAAAUGGAGGUUAAACUAAGGUUAAACUUGGUCCUGAGGCUGGAGCGCGGCCCCGGCCCAUGCUCUGAUCUGAGCAAUGCUCAGUGCUCAGUCUAAUCGAGCAGGUUAGGUAGGACUUUGCGAGAACACAGUGAAACGGGGCUGACGCCUCACUCCACAAGGCAGUGCGUUUAUUGCCUGUACAUCAUAUCUGUGCUUCACUUGGUGUCGAUAAAUUUCAGGCAAAGGCGUAAUGAAUCAGGGGAUUUGUAAUUAUCAGUGGAAUCAGCAAUAUUCCUGGUGGUUUUAUUUUCUUUAAAGUCUGUAUAUGUGUGUUUGUGUGUGUGUGCUUUAUAUGAAAUGAUUACCUGCUUGACUGUGGCACUUGCAGAAGGGAAAAAAAAAGCAGAUGUGAAAAUGUUUUGCAGCGGUGAGAGUGUAUGCUGUGUUCAUUUACAGGAUGAGUGAGUGUAACUUAUGCUUUAGAGGGUGCUGUGGAAUAGCAACAAAAGUGAGUGGCUGGUGAAGAUUUUCAUUUGAGUCUGUGGGAUGUACAGAAUGUCAGUGGUUGCUUGUAAGAGUUAUUCUGUGGUUUUCUGAGGAUGCACACUGAGAUCCUGAUCACUGCUGUAUCACAGGAAUAAAAACAAAUGCAUCUGCAGCAAAGAAUAAAACUAAAACAUGAACACCUAA